UUCAUUAAAGUGUCUGCCACGUCUAGCAGUUGUUGUCAUACAGGCAGCCAGUACGGGCGUGUGUGCCACCAUCCCUGCCACACCAGCUUAUUAUACCACACCAGCUGCAGCCUCUGUUAAAAUGGUGUCGGUGAUCAGUAACGUUGAGACUGGUCAUGAUGACAUGAUCCAUGAUGCACAGAUGGACUACUUUGGUACAAGACUGGCAACAUGUUCCUCAGAUCGCUCCAUCAAGAUCUUUGAGGUGAAGGGGUCCUCACAGACUCUAAUAGCUGACCUCAGGGAGCAUGAAGGACCAGUGUGGCAGGUGGCAUGGGCGCACCCUAUGUAUGGCAACAUUUUAGCGUCGUGCAGUUAUGACCGUAAAGUUAUAAUCUGGCAAGAAGAUGGUCACAAAUGGAAGAAAAUUCACGAAUAUGCCAACCACGACUCUUCCGUGAACAGUGUGUGCUGGGCCCCUCAUGAACAUGGGCUCAUUCUGGCCUGUGCUUCAGCGGAUGGCUCUGUGUCUAUCAUGACCUCCACAGCUCACACUUGGGAGUCUAAAAAAAUCACCAAUGCUCACUCUAUUGGCUGUAAUGCAGUGAGUUGGGCACCUGCUGUAGCAUCUGGGUCAGCUGAUGGCUCCAACAGAUCAGGAAGUGCUGUACAGCGCAUCGUCACCGGUGGAUGUGACACCUACGUUAAGAUAUGGAGGUUUGACAGUACCAACGGAGAAUGGACAGAGGAGAGCAAGCUAGAAGGACACUCAGACUGGGUGCGUGAUGUUGCCUGGGCCCCCUCCAUCGGUCUACCUCGCUCCAUCAUCGCCUCUUGCUCUCAGGAUCGCCGCGUUAUCAUCUGGAUGAAUGAUGGAGUGACGGGAGUUUGGCAGCCAAGAGAACUGAACACUUUUGAUGAUGUCAUCUGGCAUGUUAGCUGGUCUGUUACUGGCAAUAUAUUAGCUGUAUCUGGUGGAGACAAUAAGGUCAGCCUUUGGAAGGAGAGCUUGGAGGGCCAGUGGGUGUGUCUGAGUGACUCUGCCAAAGGACAACCAGCGUCUGAACAACGUACACUUUAGUGAUCACUAAUAAUGGUAGUCCCUUGAGUAUAGGUCUUGCAAACCCACAGAUGAGUGGUCCUUUAAUCUGUUUAGUAACACAUAGCUUUUAUUUGGAAAAAAAAAUUCAUAAGGUACAGUAAUGAUAGAUUGCUUACAUGUAGAUUUGUGAAUGGUAUUUACAGUAAAGGUGAGCAGUCUGCCAAAACAUUAUUUUCUUGGCACGUUGAACAGUGCUAUUGAUUUAUAAACAAGGUGCCAUUCAUAGUAGCAAUUGUCAGGUUCAGAGUUUAGGAAUUUGCUGUACAUGUAGGAAUAGUUCAGAAUUUGACUUAAGUACAACUUUAUACUGGAAUCUUAUUUGUAUUUUUGAGAAUUAUUGCAGAAUCAACAUUGAACAAGUUUGAAUAAUAAUAUAAACCGAAGGUCCUCAUUAUUUUAAACAUUUAAUGGUUACCGUUGUAUUUUCUGCUCUAUAUAGAUGUACUGUACCCUGUGUCUGUACUGAAGUGAUUAUUGUCUUUAUAUUCAAGAUAAGGAAUAAUUUUGGUAUAA